AUGAACGAAGUUGAAUUUUACCGCGGAGCAAGAAGUGAUCAUCCUCAGUCACGGAGGUAUUCUGAAAGAUAUGAUGUUAUCGGAGAAACAAAGGAUAACAGCACUGAGGAAAACGGUUAUAUCUUUUACACUGGUUUCAACAAUGCAAGCGGCAUGUAUAGAGAUGCACGAAGGGAACCAUCACAUAAACGUAGCACUAAAAUUUUCCUCCUUAUCAAAUGUUUUAUUCUUGUAAAGGCUGUCAACAACCAGUUCCAAGACAUCGGGAAUACUUCGGGCAGCAUAAAAUCGUUUGAUUCUACCGGAAAACAGAAGAGUUUCCGGCGCCUUAUCGCAAGGUUCGCCGAGAAAACAUCGAUGCAAGGCGUUCCUUACAUAAAUAAUGCAAAGUUUUGGUGGGCAAGAUUAAUUUGGUGUUUUAUGUUGCUUGCUGCAAUUGCCGCAAUGUCUUUGCACCUUUGGUAUCUGGUUGACCAAUACAUGGACUACCCUGUACAGACAAAAAUUUCGUUAGGAUUUGAGACUCUGAAAUUUCCCGAGAUUACAAUAUGCAACGCAAAUGUCAUGCAUAAAAAACGUGUGGACAAAUACGACGGAGCUGAAAAGUUAAAGGAGCUUCUUGAAAACUUGCAUCCAGAAAACCUUGUACCAGAUCAGUUUGACCCAAAUUAUGAUCCACACGGGCCAAAACUGCCACCUCCAGGAGGUCAAGGUAAACAGGGACCGGGAGGUCUACCAGAAAGUGGGUCAACUUCUGGUUCGCAAAAACCACCAAUUAGACGCAAACGUUUUCUUAACGAAUACAAAAAUUUCAAUAAAACUAAAUUUGGUGGCAAAGAUCGUCCGAAUUUUCGAGAAAUAGGACCAAAAGAUCAAAAUGAUUUUGAUGGAGAAUUGGAUUCUAGGACAGAGCUGGAAGAUCUAUUUAAAUGGUUGUUUAUGUCAAUCCCAAAGCAGGAGAGAGCUGAAUUGGGCCACAAUAUAACAGAUAUGCUGAUCAGCUGUACGUUUAACGGGAGGAUGUGCUCUUCAAAUAUGUUCACCCUACAUCAGACAACAGAAUAUGGUAAUUGCUGGUCAAUUAGCUCUGACAAAUUUAAAGUGAAACACCCAGGGCCAUCUGGAGGGCUUUCUUUGGUGUUUUAUCUGGAGGUAACAGAGUAUUUAAAAGGUCUGACGACAGGAUACGGUGCUAGGAUUCAGAUACAUGAGCAACGUACAUAUCCUCUACCUGCAGAAGAAGGGCUGUUUAUUCCAGCUUCCAUGGAGACUGAUAUUGGUCUAAGAAUGAUAUCUAUAUCACGACAAAGUGGAUUGUAUGGUGACUGUAAUGAUGGACAGGGUCUAGAGAAAUACACAAUGUAUAAAUAUACUAGAUCGGUACGUGUCUGA